UUUACUUCCCUGCCUCCUGCAUCCUAAGACCCAUUUCAGCCACUGCCCUCACCAGAUUACAAGGGGCUCCCCAUCCACCCCAGAUGCAGUAAGCAGGAGGCCAAUUCUGGAGUUCCAUUCCCCUACCAAACUGUACCCUUUUGUCAGAUUUCAACAUGGAAUUGGCAGGAGCAAGCAUGUUAGUGUCUUCAUUAGCAUCUAAGAUCACAGCAGCAGCCACCCUGGCCAAGGCUGGUGGGGUGGCCUCCGGGACUAUCUUGGCUGGUCUUUCCUCAAAGGGGCUCGCACUCUUAUCCCCAGCUGCCCUGGGUCCUGCAGCCUCUACCCUUGGGCCCUUGCUGGCAGCACUGGAUGUCAGCGCCCUGCCUGCUGCAGCUACCGCUGCUAUACCCAUUGGAGCCAAGACUGUUGCAGUGGUGGCAGGAGGAGCCACGGCUGUGGUAGCAGUGCCAUUGGUACUGGGAGCUGUGGGCUUCACGACAUCAGGAAUCGCAGCCUCUUCCAUCGCAGCCAAAAUGAUGUCUAUCACUGCCAUCGCCAACGGGGGAGGCGUCCCAGCGGGUAGCAUGGUGGCAACUCUGCAGUCCAUGGGAGCUGCCGGACUCUCUGCGUCAGCCAAAGGUCUGGUAGGCACUGUGGGGUCUGCCCUGGUGGCUGCAGUCCUCUAAGAGCUCCAGCCUCCACACCUUGCGGAGAAGAGGAUCAUGAGAGCAGAGUUGGUGCCUUCAGUCUGGCCUGAUCUA